AUGUCGGCCGGCGACUGGUUCAGCGCCUUUCUCGACGCCGCGCCUGAUCUCAAACUGCCUCCCGCUUGCCCUUACGGCCAGGAGGAGGGGACGGCGAGUAGCCAACGUGACAAGAGACGCUCUCAAUACGCUAAUGGUAUUUGGUAUCAGAUCAAUUAUGAUUACGGCACCGAUGAGGAUGUAGCCAUCCACAAUGCCUCAACCUCGAGCGACAUGACGAUCGAGUCCACCAAAUUGCGCGACCGUUCCACUCAAUCCUCUUUGAGCUGUGACGAAGCCAUCGAACAAGGCAGUGGCAUACAAUCUCCCCUCUGUCCCGCAGGACAGAUGCUCCAAGAAAACUUGCGAGCUGCUCACACCAAUGCCAGCGAGGCUGACGGCGCUACCAAGCGCGACACCCCUGCCCAGCCCGAUCUUCAAACCGAGACCCAUGCUAUUCGCGCCCGCGAUGCCGGCCCGCCGACCCGCCAGACCGAUGAGAUGAACUUGAAACCUACCCCAAACCACUGGGCACCCUGUUUCCAUCGCAGUGACGCCCAUAGUUCAAGCUCGCAAGUCGAUCUCCCGAUUGCGGUCCAACCGUCUCAUCACAAGUCGAGCAAUACAUCCCUCCCGAUUAGUGGACAUCGGGCGAAGAAGGAACUCGCCGACGGCGCCGCGAAGGCCAAAGGAGCAAACGAGGUGUUACUGGAACCAAUCGAUUACGGCAAGAAGUGCGACGUGUGUAAAGUUCACUCGAUUUGGAAGCGCACCGCUACGCUGUGCUUUGAUUGUCUUGCAAACUCGCCCAGCCAGGCGAAGCGCCGAGAAGUCAUCCGUAGGGCGCUAGUUGGCAUCGGAUCUUGUAGCUCUUGCUACGAGGCGGAAGACAAUGGCGCCGACCGCCACUGUCUCUCUUGCACACAGCGCCAGAGAGACAAGAACGCUCGACGCAAGGCGCGCAAGGCCAGGGGCGAGACCUGGGUCCCCAAGGGCAAAAAGACUGGAGGUAACAAGACGUCAAAGUCCAAGAGAUCUUCCAAGUCCGCUGGCGCUAGAAAGCGUCCGAAGAAAAACUAA